ACAUCUGGAAAAAAGUUAAGAGCAUCCUAAAACUUCUGGGAUCUGCCCACCUCGGAGGGACUAACCGGUUCUUUUGUGACGCAGCGUCUGAAAUCUCAUUCUUUGAAUCAUUAACAGACACACAGAGACACUUUUCUUUCGGAGCUCGCUCUCUUUUCUUCCCUCCCUCCCUUUGGAUCUCUCCAUCCUUCCAUCCAAACAGGCUACCAAACUUCUCCAUCCCAACAGCUCCUGGGCAUGAAACUUCACGCUCAACCCCCAGCUCUAUGGAUUGCUAUCCUGCAAUGCAUAUUAUAUUUCAUCAUUAAUUUGGGAGCCAGCCUCGCCGCCAUCAUUGCAUCAGAUUCCAAAAUUUUCCUGAUCUACAAUGAUGGAUUACAGGGCUGUCUGGAGACCAGGGAUACCCUAGUUCAGGUGACAUCUUCCUGUAAUGAGAGUGCUCCUGCCCAGCAGUGGAAAUGGGUCUCCCGCCAUCGUCUUUUCAAUAUUGGCGCUAUGCAGUGCCUUGGGAUUUCUGAGUCCAACCGGAACUCCACGGCAUCAGUACUGACUAUGCAGGAGUGUGACCGUGAGUCCUCCAGCUCCAGGUGGAAUUGCGUUACUCUAGGGGAAAAUAUUGCUCCAUACCUAAACACAUCCUCAAGUGUGAGACAAAGGGGAGACCAAACAGGAAGUAACCGAUGGAGAAUCUACAACAGCAAUGAAGAUCUUUGUGCAAGACCAUAUCAUGACAUUUUUACAAUUCAGGGUAAUGCCCAUGGCCGCCCUUGCACCAUUCCCUUUAAGUAUGACAACCAGUGGUAUCAUGACUGUACCAGUUCAGGGCGUGAAGAUGGACACUUAUGGUGUGCAACAGCUGUGGAUUAUGGAAAGGAAGAGAAGUGGGGCUUCUGUCCGAUAAAAAGUAAUGGCUGUGAGACCUUCUGGGACAAGGAUCCACUGACGAGCAACUGCUACCAGUUCAAUUUCCAGUCCACUCUGUCCUGGAAUGAGGCCCAAGUCAGUUGCCAGCAGCAGGGAGCUGACCUUCUAAGUGUAACAGAGAUCCAUGAACAGACUUACAUCAAUGGUUUGCUAACAGGAUACAGCUCCACCCUUUGGCUUGGUUUGAAUGACCUGGACAAUGAUGGUGCUUGGCAGUGGUCUGACAGAUCUCCACUGAAAUACUUCAACUGGGACAGUAACCAGCCAGAUAUUUCUGGAGCAGAAAACUGUGGAACAAUUCGCACUGAGUCCAUGGGAAAAUGGCAGAACAGGGAUUGUGGAAUUGCACUACCAUACAUCUGCAAGAAGCUUAAUGUUACGGGGUCCCCCUCUGUUGUAGAACCCACAACGAAUGUAAAGGUAGACUGUGACCCAGAAUGGCAGGAUUUCCAGGGCAACUGCUAUUUUCUGAACAGAGACAAGAAGAACUGGAGGGAUGCAAAGAAGUAUUGCAUGAAGCAAGAGGGGGAUCUUGUCAGUAUCCACAGCCUGCUUGAACUGGAAUUUGUCAAUACACAGAUGAAGCAAUCUGUUGUGGAACUUUGGAUUGGCUUGCAUGACCAGAAGAUGCAGAUGAAUUUUGAGUGGUCAGAUGGCAGCCAUGUUAGCUUCACUCACUGGCACCCAUAUGAGCCCAACAACUUUGGCAACAAUCAGGAAGAUUGUGUCACCCUCUGGGGAACGGACGGAGGUUGGAAUGAUGGUCCAUGUAACCAGACACUACCCUUUAUCUGUAAGAAGCCAGGCAAAGCAGUUGAAGCAACAGAAGAACAGCAGGACCAUGGCUGCAGAAAGGGAUGGAGAUGGCAUAAGCCUUCUUGUUUUCAGUUGGGAGAGGACCGUCUGACGUAUAAUGAAGCUCGUAAGGCAUGUGCAGAUAAAGAUGCAAGUCUUGUUAUAAUCACAAACAGGUUUGAACAAGCAUUUAUUAACAGUCUGAUCUACAUGAGAUCUGGAAGUUACUUUUGGACAGCAUUACAAGACUUGAAUUCUACUGGAACAUUCCACUGGCUAACUGGAGACAGUGUUACGUUUACCAACUGGAACAGGGACCAGCCAGGUUAUAACAAAGGCGGCUGUGUGGUAGUGGCAACUGGAAGCUCAAUCGGCUUGUGGGAAGUGAAGGAGUGUUCUGGCUAUGCGGCAAACUAUAUUUGUAGGUAUGACACAGGACCCAUUAUAAAUCCUGAUUUGCCAUUCCCAAGGCCCACUCCCAGUUUGACCGAUGUGUGUCCAGAUCAGUGGGAUUCAGCUCCUGGUCUGCGUUACUGUUAUAAGGUGUUCCAUUCUGAAAACAUUAAUGAGAAGAAGAAGUGGACAGAGGCGAAUGCAUUCUGUAAGGAACUUGGUGCUGAGUUACUCAGCAUUGGGAAUUCUGAUGAAGAGAAGGUUGUGAUCCAGGCACUGAGCAAGAUGUUUGGCGAACCAGAGAGUGAAGCUCAUGACCAGCACUGGUUCUGGAUUGGGCUGAACCAUCUUGACAGGGGAACAGGCUGGCACUGGAGUGACGGGCAAGGACUCUCUUAUCACAAUUUUGGUCGCAGUAACUUUGGCGAUGAUGACAUUCAUAACUGUGCAGUCAUGGAUCUGGCUUAUGCCCAGUGGGAAGCAAUGAAGUGUGAUGUACCACUGGACUGGAUCUGCAAAAUACCUAGAGGUACUUCAGUCAAAGAACCUGAUGUUACACAAGGGAGUAAAGAGUGGUUGAAAUUCCAGGAUGCAGAAUACAGGUUUUAUGAACACCAUGCUACAUGGUAUCAGGCACAACGAAUUUGUUCCUGGUCCAUAGCUGAGCUUGUGUCCAUACACAGCCAGGCUGAACUGGGCUUCUUGGGAAAGAAUCUGCAGAAGUUCUCAAGGGGCCAGGACCAACACUGGUGGACAGGACUCAAUUCAUAUGAAAAUGAUGGACGAUUUAGGUGGUCGGAUAACACAAUUCUAAAUUUUGUUGCAUGGGCCCAAGGAAAACCCCGUCCCAUUACAAAGGAAAGGAAGUGUGUAUACAUGACAGCUAGUCGAGAGGACUGGGGUGAUCAGAAGUGCCAAACGGGCUUGCCAUAUAUCUGUAAACGGACCAAUGCCACCAUGGUGAAGCCACCAUUGCCAUCACCACCAUAUUCUGUGUCAGGAGGCUGUCCCAGUGGCUGGAUUGCUUUCAUUGACAAGUGUUUCAGAAUUUAUGGACGUACCAAAUCAGAACGUGUGACGUGGCAGGAGGCAGUGAAUACCUGUAAUCAACAAGGAGCGGUGCUGGCAAGAAUUUUAAAUCACUUGGAACAAGCUUUCAUAACAUCCAUCCUUCCCAAUGUCACUUUUGAUUUUUGGAUUGGAUUACAUGAUACAUCCCGGGAGUUUCAGUGGCUAGAUAAGGAACCGUUGAAAUAUGUGAACUGGGCCCCUGGAGAACCUUCUGGCUAUUUUACUUCCACUAUGGCUGGCAACUCAUCCAACUGUGCAGUAAUUUGGCAUGGAACACCUUACCAGUUUACCGGUGGCUGGGAUGACAGAAGCUGCUAUGAAUCAAAACAUGGUUUUAUUUGUCAGAAGAAAACAGAUCCUUCCCUACCCCGUUCACCUUCUCAUUUGCCACCUUUACCUGGUUCUAUCCUGAAAUACCAGAACAGCACCUAUCGAAUUGUGAAGAAACCGCUCAACUGGCAGGAGGCGGUUAUGCUUUGUGAAACAUGGAAUGCUACACUAGCUAGUAUACCAAAUCCAUAUCAGCAGGCUUACCUCACUCAAGUUGCUAACAGCAUGCAGAUUCCACUUUGGAUUGGUUUGUCCAAUGAGGAGGGAGGACAAGACUUCUCCUGGCUACAUGAGGGUCAGCCUUCCUACGUGUACUGGCAGGAUGGAGAGCCCAGACAGACUACUGGGUGUGCCUACAUGGAUGUGGACGGAAUGUGGAAAGUAACAAACUGUGAGAAGAAACAGCAGGGUGCAGUCUGUCUGCUCAACAAAAAACCUGUUGAUACUCAUAAAGGAAAGUGUCCUACUCCUGUAGGAAAUUCAUCAUGGAUCUCGUUCAGGGACUAUUGCUAUGGCUUCCACUUGGAAGUCCAGGUGCCACCAAAAGAAGCAGCGCAACGUUGUCAGAAAGAUUUAGGUGCUAAGCUUCUUUCCAUCAUGGAUGAAACCGAGAAUGUCUUUGUCUGGGAGCACCUACAGACGUAUGAGACACAGAUGAUUGGAGCCUGGCUUGGAAUGACAUACAGCACCAAAGGGGGUUCUCUGGUUUGGCCUGACAAGACAGUGGUCGAUUAUUCCAACUGGGGCCAGAGAGACACAAGUGCAGGCAUGCUCAGUCCAAACACCUGUUUUUGGAUCCAGAGCAGCAAUGGAGUAUGGGGGUUGGGCCCCUGUACAGAUGUCACUAUGGCUGUUGUCUGCAAGCUUCCACGAGUUGAUACAGCAAGUGUCUCCAAUUCAUUUUUCCAGCAUGACACUACUGUAAUUAUUGUUGUCGUUCUGGCAUUACUAGUCUUGUGUGGUGUUAUUGCACUUGCCAUCUACCUGUACAGGAAGAGGACAUUAUCUGGACGGGGAGCAUUUGAAAGUGCACGGUACAGCCGUACAAGCUCUGCCCCUAAUGAAGCUGCAGAGAAAAACAUUCUUGUGUCAGAUAUGGAGAUGAACGAACAGCCUGAAUAAUGUGACCAAAGCAGCCAGCGUCCAGUACAAGCUGGCAACCAAAACAGACAAGUCAGUAGCAGAAUGGUGUUACAUUUUCAGCAAGUUGUGGUCUCUGAUACUACCAUGUCCUUAGAAAGGUGUUUUCCAAAUAAUUUUUAUUUUCUUUUGAAACAAUGAUAAUACGUUAUGCAAAAAAAGUUACAGACAUUGCACAUGCUGUGCUUUGUGAGCUGAUUUCAUCUUUCUGAUGCAAAUAACUACAUCUGUGCAGGUGUUUAAAGCAAAAGAGGGUUGAGGGCAUACGAGACUACGGCCCCAUAUGACUAGAUACUGUGGCGAAAAAACAGCUGCCUUAUCAGAAAGACACAAUUAAGCUUUCGUUCUUCAGUAAUGCAUUUUAUGUCAGGCACAGGACUUUAGUCACUGAAAACAUCUAACUACGGGACAGAAUAUACAGAGUUCUUAACGCCUUUCAGCAAAAUCUAUCUGUGAUAAAUGUCUUAUUUUUCUGUUUUGCUGAUAUACCAGUAGUUUGUUGCUUGCAAUGACUUAAAUAUGCCUAAACCAUUGAGAAACAGAGACAUAAUCUUGCUGCAAUGUAUUUAGAUUGAAGUAAGAUACUUUCCAUGCACACAUUCCUGUGUAAAUAUCAGUGUUUCAUCAGCAUGUAGAUUUGAUAGGCCAUUGCUUUCUUUCUUCAGUGUGACUUUAACUGCUGCAUUAUCUCUGUCAUCACCUGUGAAAUACUGGAGGGAAACAAUGUUUCUAAAGAUGUCUUUUUUAUUUUUAUUUUUGUUUUACAGUUAUGCAGUACCUUUGUAUACAUGUAAUUUGCAAACUGCUUCAUGACAGUUAUAUUUUAAUUGCUCUUAUAUGAAGACGUUUAGGCAAUUAGUACAGUGCAGGCUUUUGUCUUUGAAAGUUUUAAGUUUAGCAAUUAUAAAAUUACACAAAAUGUAAACCAUGAACUACAGCAUGGCAGGCCAAGUUCAUGAGAUCUGAAUGCAAAGUGUUAUGCCAGAAUGUCACCAAAGGUUUAAUGGAUUUUUUAGGUAAGUGGCUUUGUAGUGGUAACAUUGUAUUUUGUUACAUCGGAGACUAGUUAUGGAGCUACAAUAUGCCUUAAUUUCCAGACUUUUAGUGGACAGUGAGGAAGUAUUUUGAAGUUAAUUAUCAUGAGUUUAGGUCAAUUACCUGGAUGAAACCUGGACAAAUGUCAGAUCAAGCAAAACCAUGGCUGAUGGCAAAAACAUGCAGAAUCAUUUUAUUGUGAGGGUAAAUCCCACCAACACCAACCCUGAUGCACCCUUACACUCCCUACGUAAUAUAAUUUACUGCAAGGUUGUUCUAACUCGGAGAAAGGGAAGAAACCUGUUAAAAGUUUUGCUGUCAUCUAUGACUUUUUAGACAAAAUGUAAAUGUGGAUGGAAUCCAUACAUCAGGUUUACCGUCUCCUAUUUCUUUCCUAUUAGCAGUUUAAUACUGCAACGACUCACACCUAGCUGAUGGACACAGCCAAAUAGUGGGAAAUCAUUAGACAAAUUUUAGAAGCAUUAUUUACACACACAGAGACACACAAAUCAGGUACAAUAACCCACAAACUCCUGUGAUUCCAAAGAAAAUUUUAUGCUCAGCAGUCCUGAUGCACAGAGUGUGAUUUCAGGUAAAGAAUAUUUAACACAUAGUUGCUUUUCUUGAAACUUCAUUAUAUCAGGUGGCUUUCAUUCUUUGAUUCUUUGAUGGGUAACAGAAAGUUCACACCUGGGAUCACACAAACAGCACUACUAGAUAGGGGCCAAGGGUACUAGCUGCUAGUACAAGGGUCUAGGGAACUACUAAAGGGGCGGUGAAUACUGCACAAAGUGGCUGGGCUAAUAUAUGCCUUCGGGCAGAUAGCCCAGUACCAACCUAUGAACCUAUAACCAAGAAAGACAGCUAGUAUCAAAACUAUGUAUUUUUACUGAGACACAUGGUGUGAACGAAAUGCAGUCCUUGAUUAAAUGAGUUUCUUUAUGAAAAUAGGUAGUUCUUGAUGCACAAUUAAAACAGAAAAAAGCCUUAUGAAUGCAUUCAGAAGGUUAAUAAAACAAAAAUGACAUUUCCAAUUCAUUUGUGGAUAUUUUUACCUAACAUUUUAUAGGACACUUGUAAUUAUAAGUGGUUCACAAUGUAUCGCGUAUAGAUAAUGUCCCAAAUGAAUCUACAAAGGCCAGUUAAUUGUGACAGAUGGGAUUCGUAUUUCAGCUUGAACUUCAAAAUGUUAUUUUCCAUGCAGGAAGUGCCUAAAGAAAGAACUUUGUGAACUGGGUUAGGAAGUUAAUUUCAGGACUAUGUCAAGAUUCAUUUAAUCAGUUUAAAAAGCUGCCUCUUAUCCAACUGUUUAAAGUUGACGUCUUUUGCUAGUUUGCAGGAUUUCCAACAGAAGUGUUUACGAUCCAUAUUGGAAAAUGAACUUAAGUCAUGCAAUGACUGGUUUAAAAUUCCAUGCAUUUUUUGGCAGCUCUCACUUUCUGACCAAAGCAGGGUUUAGGUGUUGAUAGUGCUGUAUCUUCCAUAGCAGUGGUUGGGCAACCCAGCACAGAGUAGUGCUUCUACAUUUACGGGGAGAAAAUGGAAAGGGGUUGUUAAUGACUUGGCACCUGUAUGUCUGCUGUUGACAUUUCAUAGUCAUAGAAAACAUUGUAACCGCUCUUCAGCUAUUAGUAGCAGGUACCCACAUAGUCAUA